GAGAUGAAAUGUGAGGGUGAGGCACAGCGUUCAUGAUCCGCGCGGAGGAACCUGCAACAAUCAACCACUGGCGAUGUCAAAGGCUCGGGUGUACACUUGUUGCGCGCUGCUGCUGCUCUGCGUGGCCGCUACAGUUGUGUGUUUUUCUGUGUUUAUGAGGCGCAAGUGUUCUGCCGGGACCUUCUCACGUGCUGCUGUGGCUGCGGACUCUCAGAGAUGUUCAGAGAUUGGACGGAACAUCCUUCAACAAGGAGGCUCAGCAGUAGAUGGCGCCAUUGCUGCACUGCUGUGCACCAGCAUCGUGAACCCACAGAGUAUGGGCUUAGGAGGGGGGUCCAUAUUCACAGUGAUGGACAGAUCUGGUAAAGUGAAAAUCAUCAAUGGCAGAGAGAAGGCGCCGCUGAAGUUUAAACCUGACCUGCUCAGGUCCUGUCCCGAGACCUUCCAGAUGCUGCUCGGUAGCCAGUGGAUCGCAGUCCCCGGAGAACUCCGAGCUUAUGAAGAGGUGCACAGACUCUAUGGGAAGUUACCAUGGGCGGCUCUCUUCCAGCCGACCAUCCAUCUGGCCAGAGAGGGGUUCCCUAUUCCUCACAUCCAAGGUCGAUACAUCCCAUACUCUGAUACAAACCAGACCCGAGCACUGCGGACGUUAUUUUCAGAUAAGGACGGGAAACUACUGAAGACUGGUGAUAUAGUGAGGUUUGAGAAACUAGCUGACACCUUAGAGAUCAUCGCAAAUCACGGGGCAAACGCCUUCUACACCGGCACAGUAGCAGAGGAUUUGAUCCGUGACAUACAGGAGGCAGGGGGAACACUCACACUGCAGGAUUUGGCGGCGUACAGAGUCACGGUGACGGAUGCGUGGGCUGUUCCCAUAGGAGAGUACCAGAUGUACAUCCCUCCACCCCCCGCAGGCGGAGUCCUCCUCGGCUUCGUCGUCAACGUCCUGAAAGGAUAUGGCCUGAACUCGGCUUCUCUGCAAGAUGAACAAAAGACGCUGACUUAUCACCGCUAUAUCGAGGCCUUCAAGUUUGCCAAUGGACUGAAGAAACAAAUCCAUCCACAGUUUUCUAAGGAGGAGACGGUGAGGAAAUUCACCGAGGACAGUUUUGCUGCCCGCAUACGGACCUUGAUCAGCAGCGACGAGACUCACGGUCCUCAGUACUACAACAUCACCCCACACCUGGACAGUGUGGGCACCUCACAUGUGUCUGUGCUGGACGAGGAUGGAUCUGCUGUGUCGGUCACCAGCUCCAUCAACCACAUCUUUGGCUCCAGGAUCCUCUCUCCUCGCACUGGAGUCAUCCUCAACAACCAGCUGGGCGACUUCUGUGGCAGAGUUGAUCACUUCACUCCCGGAGAUCAGCCGCCCUCCUCCAUGGCUCCCACAGUGCUGAAGUCUCCGUCAAAGACCUUGGUGAUUGGGGCGACCGGUGGGAGUAUGAUCACGACUGCAAUCGCAUCGACUCUCAUGAACCACCUUUGGUUUGGAAAGAGUCUUCAGGAGGCGAUCGCUACUCCCGUUGUUUACGUUGACCCUACAAAUGCAGUGAAAUUUGAACCCAACUUUGACGAGCGGGUCAUCGAGGCGCUGAAAGCUCUGGGCCACCAUCGAGAAACCACCGGCGUGUUCUUCAACGUAGUCAACGCCGUGGAGAAGGACGGCGACUGUAUCAGCGCGGUGUCUGACGCCAGGAAACUGGGCCAAGCAGCCGGUUACUGAGGACAAGAGUCAGUCACAGGGAUGUUUGAAGUAGGGAUGUGUGAUACCACUAUUUUUCCUUUCGAUCCAAUACCAGGUGAUACCAAGGCUAGUAUCCCGAUACCAAUACCGAUACCGACAUUCUGGUAUUUUAUGUAAAUUUAAAAUACAUAUCUUAUAUGUAAAUGUAUAAGAUACAUUUACAUAAAAUACCAGAGUGUUUUUGUCAAUUUUGCAUUAAAACAUAACAUUUUAUUUUAUUUAUUUAGUUAGAUAAACAUGUUUCCUCCCAGCACAAUAUGUAGAAUACAUUUGUUUUCAUUGUAAAAGUCAUCAUUUUCAUAUACACAAGUAGGACAUCUAAAAGUAUCGGUAUCGGUAUUGGUAUCGGAUACUAGCCUUGGUAUCAUCUGGUAUUGGAUCGAAAGAAAAAACAGUGGUAUCGACUGCAUGCGACGCGCAUAUCAGUGCGCGAGCUGCCGAGCGUGGCCAAGUCAGACAGGAAGCGGAAGCCAGAAGGAAAAGUAGUUCCAUAUCCGACACAAAUAUUGACCACAGGUUUCACUUUUUACUUCUAUAAAAUUGAUUAGUGAGUCUGUGUCAUAAAAGUAUUAAUAUUUCUUGCAAAAGUGGACUUGGAAUCGAUAUUUUGAUGUAAAGAUCGAUUCUAAAAAACACACCCCCAGAUCGGAAGUAUCGAUAUUCGCAGAUCGAUACGCACAUCCCUAGUCUGAAGGUUAUAGAGACCGUCUCCCGGCACGAGGGAAGAAGCCACUGCCUCUGCUGUCACUGUGUGGAUGUUCAUUUGUCCCAAUGUUUUACAUCCAAUGCUAUUUCACAUAAAAUGACUAUACUUAUGUAUGCUGUAAUACUUCAAUGUACAAAAAUCUGCGUUCUGGUAUGAUGUUUGCUGAAAAUAAUUGGAAUAAAUGAGUGGAGAAACAAAUCCUAGUUGGAAAAGACUCGAAUAAAUCAAACAGUUUUCUGUGGAUGCAGUAAA